UCUGUGUCACGUAAGUUGUCCACUCGCUGGCAGAAACUGCUCUGCCUCGGGGCGGUCGUCGGCCAUGGACCGGCUCGGGUUCGGCUACGCUGCGCUGGUGUGCGCGGGAGGAAUCCUCGGAUACGUGAAAGCAGGCAGCGUCCCCUCUCUGGCUGCAGGGCUCCUGUUUGGCCUGCUGGCUGCAGUCGGUGCUUAUCUGCAGUCUCGAAAUCCCCAAAAUGUCUGGCUCUCACUUGGCACCUCGGGGACUCUGGCUGUGGUGAUGGGACUGAGAUUUCUCAACUCCUGGAAGUUCAUGCCAGCUGGUUUGAUGACUUUAGCGAGUGCGAUUGCCUCGUUGCUGGCGUUGGAGAUCAGAGAUCUGAGGCUGGCGGGCACAGACAUUGGGAAGCAGACGUUCAUCAAGGCGCGCAGGUCGUAUCCCUCGGGCCAGUCUGACUGAAGAGAGUGAGCAACGAGUCACCGAAGCAUCACAACAAAAGAAAAGGAAGUGAGGUUAAAUAGUCUGAUAUUAGCUCCAUAGAAUGAGAGGACGUCCCCAUGAUUUGAGAGAUACUGGUUGGUUACAUCCUCCAUGAAAGCAGAGAUAUGACGUGUCCCACUGCGUUGGGACGGUUUACCAGCACCUGGCAGGUCUUGAAGAUCUCGUCCACCUCACUGUUGCCAGGAAACCGGGGUACUAGUGUGUAGAGCUCCGCCAUGAUGCCUCCCACGGCCCAGAUGUCAACGGGGAAGCUGUAGGAUCUUUACUAGUAGAAGCUCUGCGGCUCUGUACCUGUCAACAGCACGAGAGGAUAUUUAUGGCACAUUUGCGUUAAGUCAUUUAGUAUAAACACAGAAUAAAUGUUUGUGUCUCUCACCAUCAACUAUUGAGAGUGGGGUCGGUUCAGUCAAUUGAUAAAAGAGCAUAUUUGGUGCUUUGUCAUAGUAAAGAUGGAAAAUCCCAAUUUAGCAGUCAUAUAUUAUGUUGUGUUAGUUGAUAGGAAAAUGAUUAGUAUGCUAAUGUUGUGUAAUAGUAGCCAACUGAGCCACAAUAAUAGUGAUUAUCAGUUCAUUUUCCCAAACAGAUUUUUCUAGUGAGUACCAAUUUAAGUCUUUUUAGGAUUGAGCUAAUCUACUUUAUAUCACAGCAGGCCUUAAUAUGAGUCGUAAGUAUAUUUCAGGUCUGACUGCAGACCGUGUCUCGUUAUCAUUGCUCCGAUCUUGUAGAAGAAAUUUGUCUCACCAUCUUGUGGACACAUAAUCAGUGAAAGGAUUCAGCGGGCGGGUUUCUCUUGCUAGUUCAAAAUCUGCAGUCUUAACCAGCUCUGGCCCAUGCAGAGCAAGUUCUCCGGUUUCAUGUCACGAUGACAAUACCCUGCAAGACAAGAGGCAGUCGGCUAAACCCGUGCUGAUGCUCAGAAUUGUCUUGAUUUGACUAAAUCAAACAAAAACGUUAGCGCGUAUAAGUUUCUACCGCUAUCAAAACCACCGGCACUUUAUACCACUCUGUGUCGAGGCCAAAAACAAAAGGUGUUUUAACCAGUCAAGUCUUGGAAAGAAAAAGUGAAAUACAGCAGGAGUCUCUUACCGUGCUUGUGCACAAAUGCUAAGCCAGACAAAACCUGGAACAGAACGUUUCCUAUCCCAUUUGCAGAAAAUAUCUUAACUUCCCGCCAGCGGCAAGUGGUAAAAUACAAAGAGAAGAAAGAAGGAAUUAGAAGAAAAACGCGAUUAGGAAACAAUCACUCAUUAUUGAAUUGGGAAAGAAACCAGCAUCGACAAGCACCAGAACUAGUGCUGAUAGAAGAGAGAUAAACCUGUUCAGUUAAGCUUUGGUACCAUUCACACCUCCUCUUCUCACAGGAGAAGUGAGUCAUUUUGGGCUAAAGCAAAUCCUGUGAUGCACCAUUUCUUAUGUCCACCAUUCAUGUGCUUUUGGAUUUUCUAUUCGCUGAAUUCUAAACUAUUUAUACCAGGACUGUGCGGACAAGGUUGUUGAAACAGUAUUGUAAAAGACGGAAAAAACACCACGAAGGCUGUUGAAAGGCUUUCCUGGAUGUCACCUACCAUGUCUAUGAAUAAAGGACGCUCCCUGUAAUAUCUGAAAUGUCACGUUUCUGACGACUGUCUCAGGGAACAACUUGUUUCUGCAAAAACUGAGAACGAAACAUGAUGACUCAAUGUGACCCGGAUACUUGCAGAAUUAUACAAGAAAAAUAACACAUUUUGCUGUGGGAUUUUUUUUUCUUUCUUUCAUGAGUUGAUAGAGGUUUUCUUUCAUAUACUCAAAGACAAAGUCGAGGAAGUUGUUUUCUCUGAGGACUUCCCUUAGUUUCACCACAUUGGUAUGGUUCAGCUUCUUAAGUGACUUACAUCGAAAGUAAUUAGGAGACAUAUAAAAGUCAUUUAGAAUCAUCUCAUUAUGAAAGUUUACAACCUUAAAUACUGUAAUAUAGUGUUUGACGUUUUGUGUAAAGCUUUUUCACUCAUUCCUGAAGGCCUGAUGUACAAAAAAACAUCAAUUGCCAAGAAUAGUUUGAUCUGUCAGUGCUUUUUCAGACAGAAAUUACAUUUAGCAGCAGACAUCUUCCAUGUUCAAGUUAAGACUGGACCUACAGCGGGCCAAGGAUUAAUGUUCAUUUCUCACUAAAAUGCUUCAAUAAUGUGUAUUUAAUAUACAUAUUUACAUCGUUAAAACAUGUAUGCCGUACACAUAAGACAUUAUUUGCAUUGCUAGUUUAGCGAAGAUACAUGACUAUUGCAAAUAUGUGCAGAAGGAUUGGUGGUUUAAAAGAUAUUAUUUCAGAAUAUGGCAGUUAUUGCUGGCAAAUUGUAUCUAAAAGCUGCGGUUUGAACUAGUGGAGAUUUCUUGUCUGACCAUAAUUACUCUCACUUCCCUUAGAUUCAAACACUCAUCCCAUGAAUAAAACAGACAUGCAUAACUAUUUUCAGCGAUACGAAUAGGCAUUUCAGUUUUAUCAUCAGGCUACUAUUGCUGUUAGAGGUACCAUGAGCUAAUACAGGUAUUCACAAAGGGGCAAAGCGUGUUUUUACAUUUUUUCAUUUGAAGGAUCAAUUGCUUAGACUAUGUACAGCAAAACUCUGACUGGGUCAUUCCUGUUUUGUGUUGCCACUGUAUAAUAUGUCUUGCUCUCUUCAUGGUGUCCAUGGGAUACCAAAAAAAAAUGUUGCGUCAUUGUUGUACCCAUAAUAACAUUUGUAUAUCUCUAUGUAAUAUAUAAAUAUUUAGAGGUGCAUCAUUAUAAUGUUUUGCACGUGUAA